GUGGAGCAGAGCCCAGGCAGCAGAUCCACACAGCAGAGCUGACACCGCUGAGCUCCAGGACAGGAUGGUCACACACCUGCCCCGGCCAGGUAGGACGUGUCCACCUCUAUGGGGUGACAGGUUUCCCCUUCCCGCAGUCAUGGGGAGAUUGGAUCUGUAAUUCAGGCUUGCAGCAAUAGCCACAUUGAAGUCCUGCUUCCUUCUUCCUGGUCAACCUGUGCACAGCCCUGCAGGUAGAGUAGAGUCUGCAAGACUCCCAGGUGAAGAAGAAGAAGACAUGGAGGAGCAACACAAGGAGAGCAAAGACAAGAGCCAGGGCUCCAAGAAGCUCUUCAGGAGCAAGUCCCUCAGGUCUGUGGGAAAUUUCAUGCAGAGGAUCCUGAAAACUUUGAGUAAUUUGUCUCACCUGGUGGAUGGAGAGCAUAACAACUUGAACGUGGAGGAUGAUGAUGGGGGCUUCAAGCAGAAAACCUACCCUGGAGAAGCCAAAGGCUCCGCAAAUGAGGAUUAUAGAGUUGUCCAAGGAGGCGACGGCAACAAUAACCUGGGCAAAGCUCAUGUGAUGCUCAAAUCUCAGGAGAGGUCUUCCUUGAGCUCAGAGGACAAGGUUCCUGGCGUCCAGGGGCUGAAGAACCAUGGAAACACCUGCUUUAUGAAUGCUGUGGUCCAGUGCUUGAGUAACACUGACCUCCUGGCGGAGUACCUGGGGAUGGAGCAGUUCAGGGCAGAACUCAACAGGACUAAGGGGGAUGAGGGUCUUCAGAAGGGGUCUACAGAGGAGAACUCACUGGUUGGAAGAGGGGAGGUCACUGAGAGGUUGGCCACCUUGGUCAGAGGCCUAUGGACCUUUGAGUACACCCCUCAACUUUCUGCGGAGUUUAAGAAUGUCGUGGCCAAGUAUGGCUCCCAGUUUCGGGGGAAUUCACAACACGAUGCCUUGGAGUUUCUUCUGUGGCUACUGGACCGGGUCCAUGAAGAUCUCAACUCACCAUCUCAGAAGUCCAAGAUGUCGGUCAAGCCCCCGGGUUCUGAUCACGGCUCUGUGACCUCCGUACCCUCCUCACCCACGGAGAGUUUUGUCAAAGAGCAUUUUCAAGCUCAGUACAGAUCUUCCCUCACUUGUCCGCACUGCCAGAAGCAGAGCGACACUUAUGACCCCUUCCUGUGCGUUUCUUUGCCCAUUCCCCUGCGACAGACAAGCCCUGAAACAUUACUUUAGUUUUUCCAAACCAAGCAGCAGCGGUUCCUCCGCAUAGGUCUGGCCGUGCCGUUGUUUGGCACCGUUGCAAGUCUACGUCAGAUGGUGGCCGAUCUGGGCAAAGUUCCUUCAGAUCAGGUGAUCCUCGUUGAGUUACACUCCAGCGGCUUCCAAAGAUCCUUCUCCGAUGAUGAAGACCUGAACACCAUUGCUGAAGGAGACCCGAUCUACGCCAUUCAGGUCCCUCUGGCCUUAAACAAACUAUCGGCCUCUAGUAGGAGCUCAGGGUAUCCUCACAGCCUUCCCUCCUCCCCCCGCUGCUUCGAUCAAGAUGUGCCAAAGUUACCUGGAGGAGCCUCCAUCUCAUCUGAGUUCCUGGCAUCAAGUUCUAAACUUCUUCUACUUCUGUGCAAUUUGGAAAGUGGGAGUCAGCAGGCAGCAAGGUUCGGACCUCCGCUGGUUUUACGGGAGGACAGGGCAGUAUCCUGGGAUCAACUGGAGCAAAGCAUCUUGGGAAAGAUCCGAUAUUUGAUGAGGAGUGACGCUCACCCUUCAGGCGGAGGAGUGAUCUUCAAUGUCCGUGUGGUGGGGGCGCCAGUGAGCAGCUGUUAUUUGUCAUCCAAGGAUGCCCGACCCCUUCAGCACCCAUCUGUGAGCAGGGCUCUGCAACUAUGCGGGACUGGAGGACCACCUCAUGUGAAGCUGGCUAUAGAAUGGGAGCCCAGGGUCAAAGAGAGAUUAUUUGGGAGUAUACAGGAGGAAGUGGUUCAGGAUGAUGAAUCUGUAAGAAGCCAACAACUGGAGCACCAGCAGCAGACCUGCACCCUGAACGAGUGCUUCCAGCUGUAUACCAAGGAGGAGCAGUUGGCUCCAGACGAUGCUUGGAGGUGUCCCCACUGUAAGGUGCUGCAGCAAGGUACAGUCAAACUGAGCCUAUGGACCCUCCCGGAUAUUCUCAUCAUUCAUCUCAAGAGGUUCCGGCAGGUCGGUGGCCGCAGGAACAAGUUGUCUACUCUAGUCAAGUUCCCCUUGAGAGGGCUGGAUAUGGCACCACAUGUCGUUAAGCGAGGCCAGGGAAGCAAACGUCCCUUAGGACAAUGGUCAUCCUGGAAGCAGCCUCCAUACCAACUGGAUAAUGGGCACCUGGAUGUACUGUAUGAUUUGUACGCAGUGUGUAACCAUCAUGGAAACUUACAGGGAGGUCACUACACAGCCUACUGCAGGAACUCUGUGGAUGCCCGCUGGUACAGUUACGAUGACAGCAAUGUGGAACAAGUUAUUGAGGAUGAGGUCUGCACCCGAGGGGGCUAUCUUCUAUUCUACCAAAAGAGGAAUGCCAUUCCAGUCUGGUCUGCCAGCAGCUCUGCUAAAGGGUCCACAAGCUCGGCCAUGUCUGAUCACUGGGUCUUAAGGCUGAACGGAAGCAAAAGAGAGAGCCUUGGGUCUCGAGCAACAACUAACUCCACUCCAGUGCCGAAAAUACCAGACUCUCCCAUCUUUCUUGAGAAGGAAAUGAACAUGGAGAAAGGGUCAAAGUCUUUUGCCCGAGGAGUGAAAGGCCGCAGUGCAAGUAUGAGAGUGUCUUCAGCUUCUAAACUAAAGUUGAGCAUCAGUAAAGCCAUGCCUCUCAGGUGGUCAUUUGGAUCUAAGGACAAGGCGAAGCCUGAAACUCGUGAGCUAGUGGAAUACUUGGAAUCGGGAAGACGACCGAAGUACACCAAUGAGCCCAUUGUGCCCAUGAUGACUAAUGCAGAAAAAUCUGCCAAUGGAGUUCCUCUAAACUUAAGCCAAUCAAAUAGCAAUGGUGCCAAUGGGAAAAGCUCUACAAAUGAACAGUCCAGACCAUUAUCCUCGUCUACAAAGAUGGACACCUUAAGGGGUAAACCAAAGGAGAAACUGGCCAAUCAGGAUAGUACUGUGCAAGCUAGAAAGGCAUAUGGGUCUACACAGUCCCAAAGCAAAGACAGAACCUCAAGUGGUGAAAGCCCAGUUGUUUCACCCCCAAAUAAUGCUGUGAAAGUCAAAGCUUCUUCAGGUCAAAAGGGAGAUAUUAACCAAAAACACCAUACAAAAGAUAACAGAGCAGACAAGACCAAACUCUCUGAAGGCGAAUCAGACGGGAAGUCAAACAAGUUGAGGACCAAUUUAUUGAAGAAAGAGCAAAGGAGACAGAGUAACUCUGAGACCCCAACCCUAUCCGAGCUCCAUAAUGGCAUCUCAAGGACUUCACUAUCUAAUGGGGUUGUAGUGUCUGAUGUGAGAACUAGUGGUACGAUGCCCUGGAAGCAGAAAGAGGAUCUCUCCAACAAUAAAUCUAAAAUGGACAUCAGACGAUCGCAUAGUUCAACCAGUGUCCAGACAAAAGCAGACUGGACCAUGAAGAAGUCCACUUCCCUGUACAGAAAUGGAAGUGCAACUCAUCAGUCAUCCAGACAGGUAGUCGCUGAGAAGACAUCUUCAAGUCCUCUGCAAAGAAUGAAAUACCAAACUUCCUCCCUUGGCAGGAAGAAAACUGUGCCUGAGUCCAGCUUCUAAUGACUCCUCACAUCUAAUGGGCCUAAUGGCCGAUUUGGGAUAAAAUUGGCACCAUACUAAAACUUUCGUAUAACCCCAUCUGCCAUCUGGUAUAGGACUAUGUGUUACUUGUUCACAAAAUUCACUACAGUUACCUUUAUCCUUCAAAAUUGUUCAAAGUGGAUAAGAUGGUCCUGAUCUUCUAGCAGAAGACUCUCGAUGAUCGAGCAGGUCUUCCAUGGUUCAUAUCAACCUGCAUAGCAGGAGAAACCUCCUUCCUAUUCAAAUUAGCUCUCCUCCCGAAGGAAGAAUAGUGCCACCUAUGGGUAAGUAAAUGUCUCGCCCUUUUAACCAGCCGUGGAGCAUGACUUAGGAUUUCAUCUAGUCAUGUUUCAAGGCUCUUUUAUGGGUUGGACAUUGGCUUUUAGGAUAGCUACCUACAGGUGGCACUAGAGAGAGAGUUUUUUGUGACAUUAAUUCCCUAGGAAUUGGUGAUGCCCCCAACAUAUGAAGAAUGAUUUCAUGUGCAAUAAUGGCCACCGUUACUACAUAAAAUGGCCACCGAAAUAAUUUUUUGUGGAUCAAAAUGCAAAAUUUUUCACAUUUUUACGUUCCACAUUAUUGCAGACCACGUCAUAGGACGCACGCUGUAUAUGGCAGAAUAUUAUACUCAUGUAGAUAUUGUAUUAUUUUUUUACAGAAAAAUCUACUGAGAUGAAGACAGUAUAAACAGACCAGUAAAUAUUUGUGAAGGUGUCCUCUGUGUUUUUAUAAAUAAAGUUAUAACAGAGGAUCACAUGACCUCGCCCAAACAUUGUAAUUUAUAUAUAUAUAUACACUUUAUAUUACAAUAUAUGAACUUUUCAAGUACCUUUUAACAACUGAAAAAAACAACU